AUUAAAAUUGCGCUUAUAUAAGUAUGGUUUUUGCUGCAUGUGAAGUGUCAGUGUUCAUCGGUGCUUGAGCUGAACAUCUCGGUAGUUGGUGAAGAGGUACAGUAAUUCUACGAUCAACUUUCACUUACUUUCUAAAUGUGAUUGGUAUUUGGCUGAUGUGUUUAUUUCACAGGAACUUGACUGAAGAUGGAUUUAAAGAAUAAAGUGGCUGUGGUGACUGGAGGUGCUCAGGGUUUGGGCAGAGCAUUUGUCGAAAUGCUCCUAAAACAGGGGUCAAAUGUGGCCUUCAUUGACAUGAAUGAACCACUUGGAAAAGAGUUAAAGACUGAGCUUGCCGAAGAAUAUGGACCUGACAGGGUUGAAUUUUAUGCUGCGGAUGUCUCAUCCAAAGAGGAAUUUAUAGGAGCUUUUCAGAAAAUUGUGGACAGGUUUGGCCACAUCGACAUUAUGUACAACAAUGCAGGGGUUGUCAAUGAAAAUGACUGGGAGAAAACCAUUGCCAUAAAUAUGUCUGGGCUGGUGAGGGGGACAUAUCUGGCUCUGCAGUACAUGAAGGACAAUCCUAAUGGCAAAGGUGCAAUUAUCAACAUAUCAUCUACUGCAGGUCUGAGGUAUGUGCCAACAGCGCCCAUCUACACAGCGAUUAAAUAUGCAGUGGUGGGAUUCAGCCGUGCUAUUGCGGCUGUUGCUAUGAAGUCCAACCUUGGGUUGAGGAUCAACACUCUCUGUCCAGGUGUGAUGAACACUAACCUGCUGUCCUCUUCUAAUACAGAGGACUGUUUUGGACAGUUUUCACAACUAGAGGAACUAAAGGAGAUGGUUUUGGAGAGAAAUGAGUUUGUGAAGCCUGAGGAUGUUGCCAUGGCCUCCCUUCCUCUUGUGAUAGAUGAAAGCAAGAAUGGAAAAACUCUGAAGAUCGAUGCUGAUGGUAUGGAGUUCAUAUCCCUUCCUGAUAUACCAGCCAUGUGA